CCACCGUAAAGCCUUCAAUGAUCAGUUUAAAAAAAAAAAAGAAAAUUGAAAAAGGAAACAGGAUGCUUCUUUUGUUUCAACGGUAUUCCAGAGAGACCUGUACCACUCCACCUGCCUAUGGACUGACCGCCUAAAGAUAACUGAACUGGAUAACAUACAACCUUUGAAAUGGAGGCACAAAGGCAACCCCAUUCCACAGUUGCACUAGCUGAUCAACCAGUUAAAGUUUCAUCUCUUCAGGCUGCACAGGGUUCAUCAAGUAUAAGACAGAGUCCUGUGAUUUUUCAGCAGGAACACGCCCUGCCUCAGACUAUAUACCUGAAAGCUCUUACCAUACCACUGUAUCAUCCUAUCCAGUCAGGAUGCUAUCAGUCAAACAACCAGUUAGCAGCUGGUGGAAGCAGCAUAAAUCUAGACAGCAGUAAUAUGCCUUUAAUCCUAAGCCCACUUCUGCAUUCGGAGAGGAUAGAUCAGCCUCAGCCAGUUGCUCAGAAACAAGCAGGGCGAACUUUGACAUUAAACCUAGUUAGUUCACCGGUUUUACCAUCAAGUUCCUGUCCAAAUGCACCUAUUGGAAGCCCAGGGAAAUACAAAAAUGCCAGGAAGUACAUCUGUAAACACUGCGGACGAGAUUGCUUGAAGCCAAGUGUCCUUGAGAAACAUAUUCGCUCACACACAGGGGAGAGGCCCUUUCCCUGCACCACCUGUGGUAUUGCAUUUAAAACUCAAAGCAAUUUAUAUAAACACAGAAGAACCCAAACACACGUCAACAAUACCAAGCUGCCCUCAGGCUCUGACAACAGUGGCAUAUUAGAGGAGAAUGAGAAGGCAACAGACAGCAUCAUGUCACACCAGGGUGCAAAACGAGACAACAAUAUCUGUGAGAAGGGGGGGGCAGGGACUGAACAAAUAAUUUCAGAGACUAAUACCACAGUGGACACUAAGAAAUUUCCAUCCAUUAUUUCACUGCCAACACUGAAUGCUUUAUCGCUUACAUCAGAAAGUCAGAAGAUAACAAUUGACGAUUCCUAUUGGCCAGAGGCAAGUCAGGGUACCUCUGAAAGAGAACCAAUGCAAGAUCCCCAAAAUCUAUCUUCUCCAGUAGUUUUGCCAGACAGUCUACACCAGAGAAAGAUGAUACAGGAACAAAGAUUCUCAACAGCAAACAAACAUAUUCAAUUGCAAAGGCAGCAAGCAACUUAUUCAGAUAAGCAAUGGAACAGCAAACUAUCUGACUAUAAGCUAAAGAAGUGUGAGAGCACUGAUUCUGGAUAUCUGUCACGCUCUGAUAGUAUAGAACAACAGAUGUUGACCUCCAGCCCUCUGCAUAGUCUUUGUGAACAAAGCACCCAGCUGGAAAAUGAAACUGCUUUCAGUGGCUUAAGGUGCACGGCAGGAAGUAAUGCAAAACUGGAUUCAGCUGAGAAAGCAACAGCCUUGAUGCUAGAGAAAAAGAAGCUGGAAGAGCAUAUCUCAAAACUGAUCUCUCAUAACAAAGCUGUGGUGGAUGAUACCCAAUUAGACAAUGUUAGACCCAGAAAAACAGUGCUUUCCAAGCAGGGCAGUAUUGAUCUGCCUAUGCCUUACACAUACAAAGACUCCUUCCAUUUUGACAUCAGAUCUCUUGAUGUCAACAGGAAAAAGAAUCUUUCCCUUUGUUCGGCAAAAUCUACCUUUACACCCAUAGAAAAAUCCAAGCCAUUGUUUUUUCAUUCAGUCCCCACGCAAUUCUCAACAACAAUAGACUGUGUGCCUGUUACAAGAAGCAACUCUUUGCCAUUUGUAGAGAGCACAAGAAUGGCACACGACAGAGUGGGUAGCUCAAAACUACCAUCUCUCACUAGGCAGCCCCUGAAUACUAGCUCUUCUAUCUUGUUGCAUAGCAACAACCUUGCUGCAAGCUCAGUGGAUUUUCCUAACAGCCAUCCCCGUGCACUUGUCAGACAAACAGCAGUGGAUGAUUUGCCACUAAGUAACGCAGUCUAUUAUUAUUCUCCUUCUGAGAAGAUGAAAGAAACUAAAAAGCCUGGAGCUGGAGGAGAAGGAGUGAAUGCUAAAUGUAAGAAGUCAACUCAAAGGAAAUUAAAAAUGUUCUCUCAGGAAAAAUGGCAGAUGUAUGGUGAUGAAACAUUCAAGAAAAUCUACCAAAAAAUGAAAAACAGUCAAACUGCUAAGAAACUGAAUCAAAGGGGGGAAAAGGCAACAGACAAUAUAGGCUUCACCCCUGAUCCAAAGGAAGCAGCCGGUGGUGGUGGAGUUAUUCAGCUAAAAGAUGGUAGGAGCUCUCUAAGUGGGAAUCUUUCCUCCCCUCUGACCAUUCCUACAACAGAAUUAAACCCUGUGGAAUCAAAAACCUGUCCCAUUGGUAAUAAUUUACUGCACGGGGUUUCCUCAAAAGAGAAUGCAGGCAGAUUUACAGAACUAAUGGAAACAGCACAUUCAAUAAAUGCUGGUGAACAGAGUGUAAUAAGCAAAACUUCCCCAAAACAUGGCUGCAGCAACAAACAUAGUUCAGAUAAAUGUACAGGUGGCAAUAAUAUGUUACUAGCUGUAAGCAGUCAUGGAAUGAGGCUUCAACUUAAGCAAAGAGCUAGUCAAUUAAACUCUAACUUGCUGAACACUGAUAGUCUGCAAAUGCAUAACAGUCAAUUGGAAGAGUCAUGUCCUGGGAGUGAAUCAAAUACCCUCGUAUUAGAUAGUGAAAAUAUUUUUAAAAGUGAUGGAGAAAACCACAGUAAUAAAGAAACUUCUCAACAUGCACAGAUGGCUGUAAGGGCACACAACUGCAUCAGUGGUGAAUCUACACAGGCAUUCCAAAAGCUACCAUCAGAGAGAAAAAAACUGAAAGUUGAUGAGCUGAAGAGUGGAGAUAAUAAAGCUCUAAAAUCUAGUCCCAGCCCCAGUAGCGAAAAUAAUAUAGUAGGUGAAACAGUGAAAUUGAUAGACUGUUAUAGCGUACAUGCCGUCUCCCCAGCAUUAGUUAAACAGUCAGCUAAAGAAGGAAAGCAGAAUUCAAGCACAGACAUUAAUGAAUCAAUCAGCAGUGCUGAAGGCAUGGAAUAUGAGAAAACCAUGAAACUCCACAUAGAACCCAUAUAUUAUAGUGAUAAUACUGUUAACCUUCUUCCACAAUCAACAAAGAUCUCAAAAGCUUCACUUUCUGAAUUUCUGGUGCCUGAGUUAAAGAAAGAUAAUUGUAGUUCUUUUGCCUUGAGUAAGGUGACGGAUACAGGAGCCAAAACAUGUCCGGUGACAGCAGGAGCAAGAGUGCCACUUCAUAGUGGUGAUGAUGCUGGUAUAUCUUCCACUACUCAAAAUCUGGAGCUUGGUCAGGUAACUCCACCUCUAAAGAAAAAUGCAUUUUCUCCAAAGUACAUCCUUAAAUUACCGCAAGAAGAGAGUACUACAGACCUGUCACUUUUAGUGGAACCAGGGCAGGAGAGCAUGCCUGGUGUUUCUCUACCAGUUCCGAUAACCAAAACUUCCUGCACUAUCAACAGGACAGUCAGUGCUGAUUCCAGUGCUGUGUUUUUGUCCCCAUUACAAUUUGAACUGAGACACCAGGCCAGAGCAGUAGGGCUAAGAUGGGGUGUACAUACAAACUGGAAGGCUCUGGUACCUUGUUCACCAGUCAACUCAACAACAACUAAUAUCACAACCAAGAUAGAUGACAGCUUUCAGAACCAAAGCUGCAGGCAGAAGAAAAUAAUGAAAGACACCUGGAAAGAGACUGAGGAUAAAGAUAACUUAAGUGAUCGAAUGCAAGCAGAUGAGAAGUGGAUAAAUACCGCUGUUUGCUCUGCACAAACCACAGGGAAGAAAGUAUGCUUUACUUCUAUGUAUACAGGUGGCUUUUUCAUAUCUGCAGACAUCAAAGGAGAGAAUCAGGUCUUACACCACCUUCACUCAGGAAAUAACUCUUUAAUGAUGACAUCUUCAUCAGGCAAAGGGGCAACCUCUAGUGGGGACAUGGAACAGAAAAGCAUGGGAUGGGACACAGAUGGUAGCUCUUCAGGCAUCCUUAAGGACACUUCACCAGGGUCGCAGGAUUUACAGUAUUCUAUUCAUUCAAUGGACAAUUCCAAUUAUUUUUGCCAUUCCUUUGGCACAUUUUAUUGCCACACCCUCAGUACUCAACGUAAGGAACUCCCUGCACUGUCCCAAAUCACUUUGACUUGUCUCUCGGGAAACUCAAGGAUCUCGAGCACAAAAGGUUCCUUCCCAUCACUAAAUGCUGAGCCUCAAUUAACUUGGUGUUGUUUAACCAGAAGCCUUCCUCUGCCUGCUGAGCAAAAGGAGAAGGCUGACUCUGCUUACUCUUCCUUGCACAUCUGCAAGAAAAAAUCUGGUAGUGAAGGCACAUUGUCAAAAUGUGACUUUUCUUUUAUCAAAGUGAAAAAUAUUAGCAAGACUGGGCCCUAUGGCCACACCACUGGGAAUUUAAAAACACUGGUUUCAUCCUUUUCACAGGGAGAACAGCCACAGAAGCAGUCCAGUUCAAAGGCUGGAGGAAGUGGAGCUUCAGAAAAUAUUUCAGAGCGAGAGAAGAAAGAAAUACUUUGCAGAAGGAAAAAAUUCACAACAAAUAAAUCCAAGAGGAGCCAUAAACAGAAAAAAAUGAAAAUCAACCAAAAAUGGUCCAAAGGGAACCACAUGCAUGGAUAUACUCAGUUGAAAACUAACAGGCUGAGCAAGCAACACUGGCUUCCAAACAGGACACUAGAGUCUCUGAAAAAGCAUCAGCUGCUCCACACAGACAAUAGCCUUAAUCGAUGCAAGAAAUGCCACUCUCCUGCAUCAAAUUUGCAAGAUAAUUAUCUCCCCCAGCAAGAGGAGCUAUCUUGCCCCAACUCAGACAAGCCAGCGUCCAAAGGGAAUAAUCAUAAGAAAGAAGACAGGAAUCAAAAAAAUAACUCAGGAAUAUUUUCACCAGCUGGGCAUUCAAUCAGCUUCACGCAACAAGGCAAACUGGAUGGAAAAGAUGUUACUAGACCAGUAGAGAAACACUCAAGAGGCAAUCUCUUUAUUCAGAACCUUAAUGCAACUCCAGGAUUACCUAUGGUAACAUACUCAUGUUCAUCACCAGCUAAAGCAGCCAUGCAACAAACCAACAAUGACCUGGACAUCUGCUGUUUAGUGACUCAACCUCUCAUACGUCAGAAAUCAUUUCCAGUGGAGCCACCACCAAAUGCUCAUUCUGACCCUGUGGAGUCCUCUUUUUGGUCUUUUCCUUUUGAUUUAGUAGGCACAGGCACAUGCUGCCAGCAUGUGAGUAUGGGUUCAGAGGUUACUGCUCCUUUUUCCUUAUGGCCAAAAGCUGACCACAAAAAUAUACUCAAUUUAGAGUCACAGGGUCAAAGUUUUGCUGCAUUAUACCCAUUGGUUCAGACCUCAGGAAAGGAGGAACAUCCAAUGGAAGGAAAUUCAUACUCAUCUCUGAAGGAGAAACUUACUCCUAGUUCCAAAACUGUGUGUUCAGCUUUAUUGGGAUCAAAGGUAAACACCCUUCCUGAGACAUCAAUCACAAAUACUAGCUUACCUAGCACAGCUAAUAUACAGGGGAUAAACUCUUCUAAUAACAGUCCUCAUGGAUGCAUGGACAAGAAUGGAGCCUACUUACAAUCAGAUGGCCAUGGAAGACUUAAUAAAACUGGCACUAAUACUUUUAAAGAGCCCUCAUUUCCCUUCAGUCCCACAGAGUCCACAGCUAGCUCUGAAACACCUUCCAAAACAUACAAAAAAAGAGGUUUAGAGAUGAUAAGGAAACAAACCCGAGUGGAAUACGAUGACACAAGCAGUGAUGAUGAAGACAGGCUAGUUAUAGAAAUAUAGCAAACAGGACACUGCCAUGGCAGAUGGAUGUAUGAUGGUACAUUAUAGAGCGAAAUGGAAAUUGCAGAUCAUUGAUCUACUUUUUGAAGCACCUUAACAUCAGAAUAGCCAUUCCUGCACAGUUUAGGCAAAGUUCUCGUCUAAGAAAACAGUUCUUCUUUGAAAGGACUCAGGCUUCUUUUACAUAUUUUAAUGCUUUUGUAUGCAGCAAGGAAGCAGUUAAAUUAUAUAUUUAAAUGCACAAGGUGGUUCCCAACUCCACUAAGCCUCAUCAAUCCCACAUAACACCCACAAUCCCCAGCUCACAGAGACUGUAUUAAAAACACACUGCAGUGUAUUUGUUUACCAAUAAUGAUAAAACAGCAAUCAGCCUCCUUAAUGCAUAAGUUGAGGUGUAGAUUGUAACAAACCACUAGGUAUAUUUUUUUCCCUUUGCUCCCCUUUUUAGUAAUUAUUUCCAGCUUUGCUGGAAGUUAUGUAUGUAUGUACAUAUGUUACGUAUGUAUCCCCCAGAUAUCUAUGAUAUUGUGAGAUAUCACACGAAUACUGACUUUUUCCAUGUUGUACAAUGGUCAAUGCUUCUUUGUGACAAAAUGACACAAGCAUGCCCUGCUUUGUGUUUUGUGCCUUUUCUGCCGAGAUCUACUGAAAUAUUUUAUUCUUUGGCUCUACUUUGAAAAAAUCGGGGUGUAAAUAGGUAAUGUCAAUGUUUCUCUGUAAUGAGAUUUUUAACAGAUUUUCUCUGAUUCUGUUUUUCAGAUUGUGCUCUAAAAGCAAGUUACAAUGUUUUGUUUUAUUGUUCUGAAGUUUAGCCCAAAUGAAAACUUUUGCCUUUCCCUCCAAACUCCUGCAAAUAGGUUAAAGUUGACAUGAGAUGGAUUUUUUCUAGGGUUUGGCAUCAGGGCAUUUGCAGCACUAUUGUCACGUAAAUCAACUUCUGCUCUGAAACCCAAAAUUUACUUUGUUUAAGUGAAAACAUCUUCAGUCAGUGAAAUACCAGAUACACUUACCAUUCACUAGAAAGCUAGUUUAAACUUACAGAGAAAGUCUGAAAUCAUUGCACUGCUGUACUAGAGUCAAAUUUUAUACUUAACUUUGCUAUGAGUUUUUGUAUAAUUUGGAUUCAUAUACAGGAUUUUAUGGAUUAACUUUCAUGUGAUAUUCAUAACUGCAUGUACUUUAAGGAAUGAAUAAUCAUGCAGUCAUGCACAAGUGAGCCUGUGUGGGUCAUGGUCAUAAAUAGGUCUAGUGUACUAUCUAUGUGUGUCAGAGAAACAUAUGCAUAUUGUAAGAAGUGAAUGAAGUGCCAGAAUGACAACCCUUCUGUGGAUACACAUAAAUGGAACCAAAUGCUAAGCUCUGUCAUCCCUUUGCACUCAUAUGCAUUAUGAAAGUGACCAUAGUUCCAAUUUGCCUGCAGAGAGUUUUUUAUUUAGCAUCAAAUUAUGUUGGUAUAUAUUUUUACUGUUAGGGAAAUUGAUAUCAUGAUCAGAGUGUUAUACUGAUUUCUAAUUAUAAAUGCUAGUGCUGUUGUGUUGAAAAAGGUUAGUGGAGUUAGCAGGAUUUUUUCUUCUUCAGCAGUAAAGGACAUAGAUUAAAGAAUAACCUACAAAAUCUUUAUUUAUUCCUUAUAAAAAUACUACGAUAUUCUUUCCCAAAAUCAGACAGAUUUCAGUAGGGUUCUUACAGGAUUUGGGAUCAUGAUUUCAUGAAACAAUGGAAGUAUUGCUUUAAUAAAAAUGAGCAUUAUCUAUUUUCCCUUUUUACUUCUGUGAAACCCUGGGACCUUAUUCUGAUCUCACUUCUUAUAUGCUGGUUUUAUAACACUAGCAUUAAUUCCAUAUACUUUAGAAGAGUUAGUUCCUGAUUUUCAGGAGUGUAAAUGAAAUCAGAAUUAUGCCCAUUAAGCUUAUAGGUCAGAGACUAGUGGGGCCCCAUUCUGUAAAUAAACUUUAUUCAAACCUGCUCUUAAUUUCAAUGGGAUUUCUAUGUAUGGAACAGGGACAUGAGAUGGCCAAUUAGUGUAUUAAGCUAGGAAGGUUUAUACUAAAGACUAGCAAAUCUGGAUAUGAAGUUCCUGUUUUGGGAAGUUAAGAAGCAUGAAAGGUAUGAACACUGGGGGACUGGCUGGCCCUGUAAGUUGCAUAUUGUAAUUGCAUAUUUUUGUUGAAUAUGCAAGAUAUAGUACCUAAAAUACUAUUUGUUUGUUGAAUGUUGAUAAGAAUGAUACAACUGACUUAUUUGUAUAUUUUUUAAAAAAUCUGUUCCUUUAUAUUCUUAACUUAUUUUGUUUUGAUAAAAAUUAAACUUGAAGGUCACAAUGACACUAAGAAUGUGGUAGUUAUUAGGGUUUGGUUUUUAAAAAUUCAAAUGCACCAUGGGGUGAAUGUGGGAAGGUCAGGUAAUCCAGGGAUACCCACCAUAUGCAGUAUAACUUUGCCAUUCUGCCGUGACAUCUUUCCCUGAAUUAUACAAUAGAAAUACAACUGGAAAUGAGGAAAUUCACUCUAGAGAAUAACGGUAAAUGUGUGGUAGUGCCAAAAUAAAAAUGAAGGGGCAAAAAAAUGACACGCUGAAGUUUAAUGUUUGUAGAAGUAAACAUCUUUCUAGGAUGUGCAGAUGUGAAUGGUGACGUAAGUUCCUAAAUGUUAUAUUCUUUC